UCAACUCCAGUCUCUUUUACGCACCGAGACCGGUUACGCGCGCAGGUACUGGGACUCUAAAUUUCCCCAUUUUUAGCCGCUACACCGCGCUAUUAAUCGCCUCUUAUGGACUAAUAUGAAAGAAGUGGAUGUAGAGGUCUGACAGAGCCAAGAAAGGAGGCGCAUUUCUUGUGGAUCAUUCUUGUUUUCCCCUCCAUCACCCGACUAUCAGCAUGGAUGUCUUGGCGAACCACAGUAUCUUUCAGGAACUUCAGCUCGUUCACGACACCGGCUACUUCUCUGCGAUGCCGUCGCUGGAGGAAAACUGGCAGCAGACUUGCCUGGAAUUGGAACGUUAUCUGCAGACAGAGCCCAAACGUCUGUCAGAGCUCUUUGACCAGGACCUGGAUGGCCUACUUACUCCAGCCUACCUUAAGGAGGAUGGAGAGGAAGAGCUGUCAGACACCUUACUCCCAAGCCUGCCUAACCUUCCUGAACCACCAAGCCCACCUGCAGUGCUUCUUUGCCCUACAAGGAAGAACUUAUCAUCUUCUGGGGCAAUGACAAGAGACCACAAGCCCAAAGGACAGGAGACAGAAAACACUGAGGGGACGGAGGGGGUCCACCAAGCCCAACUGAGUGCAGUCACCUCCCUGACUCCGCCAUCUUCACCGGAACUGGGCCGUCACCUGGUCAAACCCAACCAGACUCUGACGGCCUCGGCUGAUGGGACGCUCACCCUGAAGCUGGUAGCUAGGAAAGUGGGGCUUAGCGCAGCACGGCUGGUGGCAGGGCAUGCACUUCCCGUGCGGAUGAAGGAUGAAGAUGAUGGGGCAGCGUGUGUGAUCGGGGUUGGAGAGCUACCAGAGAACAAGAAAAGGAUCCACCGUUGCCAGUUUAAUGGUUGCAGAAAGGUGUACACCAAAAGCUCCCAUCUCAAGGCCCACCAGAGGACACAUACAGGUGAGAAGCCGUACAAGUGCUCAUGGGAGGGCUGCGAGUGGCGAUUCGCCAGGAGCGACGAGCUGACGAGGCACUACCGCAAACACACCGGCGCCAAGCCUUUUAAGUGCAACCACUGUGACAGGUGUUUCUCGCGGUCGGAUCACUUGGCGCUGCACAUGAAGAGGCACAUCUGAGGGGGUUUGAGAGAGGUCAGCAGGAGUGGAUGGAGGCGAAGUGGAAGAAGAUGGAAUAUUGACACCAAUAUCAGAGAGCGAUAGCGGGACAGACUCAAAAACACCAGAUUUGGUUCUUCUGAAUUGAACGGGAAGGGCAGAGGCACUAACUACAGUCAAACUAACUGAUCCAAAGUGACUUCGUCAGCCUACUUUCAGCCAUUUGGUCCGUAGUGCCACAAGGACACGUCUCCACCUCUCCGAUGUCCCCUCGUAUGUUGACACGUGGACAAUAAAGAUGCACCAUCCCACCCUUCGUAUGUGUCGAGAGGAUUUGUUACAUGAUGAGUGGCGGACCACAUGCCUGUGGUUGGCAGCUCUUUAUUUUCAUCAGUCCCUGUGGCUUUUGUAGCGGUCCCUCUGUGAAACCCUUUCAAGCACCAAUGCUCCACAGGCCAGUGAGCACGCCAUUGCCAAACUGGACCAGAUGUACAGUCAUUUUUUUUGUGUACCAACAGCACAAACUGCUGUUUGCACAUUCAAGAUUUCCUACCCUUGUAAAGUGCUUUGAUUCGAAGACAACUGUUCAUUUCCAGCAGUAGCUAAACUCAAGAGGACAACAGCUUUCACUCCUUCAAAUUUGCCGCAGCCUUUUUACAAGUCACUGAAGGGUUUGUUGUCUAUUCUGCUGGGCAAAUGCUAAUUUGACCACAUGUCAUCUGAACUAAAUCCUUCUGGUUUAAUAUUAUUAGAGCAUUUGUUUAAAUGGAAUCUUAGAUUGGCUUUCUCAAAGGCUUGAAGAUGAGAAUGUGUUGGAUUGAUGUGCUGCAAAGACUGAUUGAGGUCAUCCAGGGGGCUGGCUUACUUUAUGAUCAUCAUCCACACAGACUAAGUAAUCCUCUCUGGGAAAGUCUCCUCGAAUGUCAGCCGCAACCGAGCGUCUUGAAAGAUGUGAGGCGACUCCUAAGAGUGUUUUUCCUUCUCUGCGAUCUUCUUAUGAGUUGUCAAAAAAAAAAAAAAAAAAAACUGUUGCACAAUUGACUUUUUGAAAACUUUUUGUAAAAAAAAAAAAAAAAAAAGAAAAAAAAAAAGAAAGAAAGAAAAAAAUGUUCUGCUGUCCCGAGACAUUUGAGGACUCACCAAACACUGGCUUUCCCAGGCCAUCGCUGCGUGGACAGCCACACGCACAAGUCUAAGCAGCUAGCUGACUGCAACAGCACACCAAACACAACCCAGAUCACUAUGUAUUUAAAGGCUAUAUUGUUUCUAAGAAGAUUCUCCUAUUUGUUCGAAAAAAUACCAUUUUAAAAUUAAGAAUUCACUGGAAAUGGAUGCAGCCAAAUGAACAAAACAAUAAAAAAAAGGAGGAAAAGGGGGAUGCCUGAAAUGAUCUCUUCAGUCUUUGAGAGUGAUUGGCACCAAAAUAGCCACUGGACUGAGGAGGUCCUGCCCUCAUGAUUCUUCCAAUCGAGCAGCUCUCUGACUUCAUUUAAAGCAACAUUUUUAAAACAGCUCCCAACAGCUCUUUGAAUCCGGCCUCCGCACAUCCAUGCGCAUUCCUGGUGACUUCCUGACCAACAUGUAUGUCUCAGUGCAGACUUAUACCCUGGAAGGACUCACCAGAAGGCACAUUCAGCCGGGUCUUGUCAGAGAAAAAUAAUGUGAAUGUAUGUUUGCAGGCCUGAACAUGUUGCCAGAUCCAUGAAAACACUGAAUGGUUAGUAAAGAUCAUACCAGACACCAUUCUUGUUUCUUUUUUUUCACAUUAGAAAUGAAUGAUUGGACUUGGAAUAACCAGCUGGUCACAGCUGGUAGCUUUUGACAUUUUCCUGGUUCUCUUGGACCAGCAUGAGUGCAGAUUACCAGUGGGUGGCUGAAAUGGGUUGGGGGAGGAAGGAUCUGCUCGGUCAGCAAUGAUAACUGCCCCAUCAGCUCAUGUAAGCGGAGCAGAGUGACACCCACACGCACAAUGAAACACCAUACAUUUGCUCCAUGAAAACGGGAACUAGCAUUUAUUCUGUGUGACCUGACUUUUGUCAGACCGAACAAAGAAAUAAAAUCCAGCUCUUUAGACGUCAUCUCUUAAAUCCACAUAUAACAUUUUGGGUGAAAACGCAAGCGCACACAAGUCAAACAGGCAGCUUGGACAAAAGGAGACUGUCGAGGUUCUGACUAACUUUACUGGCAACAGCUACAUGAAGGUGUUUUCAUUUUUUUUUCUUAAAUAUUUUGAGGCACAAAGCAGUCUGCAUUUGUGGAAGGGAGAGAAAUUUGAUUUCUAUUUGUUUACCAUGGGCGCAUUUCAGUUCCGCUGUAUAAAUGCAGUCAAAUCCUAUCUUGACAUGAUCUGUCUGCAGCUCUAGAAGUAGAUGCUGGUACAAAUCCUGCAUCAGCUAAGCAGGUAACCCAAUCAUUCCUAAUGUGGAAACAGCUGAAUUCCUUCUAUAUUGGAUCACAGAGUUAGAAGCCUCUUCUUAAGCUCAUCAUUCCUUCAAGCAAAUCCACAUUUGGAUGCUGGGGUAGUUUAAGAGUAAAAAGUCUCAAGCCUUUAUUUAAAGGUAGAAAUCAAAAAUUAGUCAGAAUGAAAGCCUUUAAGUGCAUCAGAAAGCAAGAAUUAAACCAAUUUUAAUGCUUAUUGUUAACAUUAACACUGAAAAACAGAAACAUUUGAUUUCAUGAGAAUAAGCAAUGAUGUAAAAUGUAUAUCCCAACAGUUGAGCUUUAUAGCAUGGUGCAUAGAUUUGAUAGGUGCAGAGUUUUAUUAAUGAACCAGCACAGAUUCCUACUAAAAAAAGUCCAAAACAAUCAGCUAAAUCAGCAACCAAUUCGAAACAGUGUCCUGAGUUUAAAUAUCUGUAAAAGGUCCAGGAAAUUGUUGCCAUUAAUGGGAUUAAUUGAAAUGAAAAAAAAGAGAGAUCUUUUUCCAAUCCUGACCAAUUUGCAAAGAAUUACUAACUAGGUUAAGGUUAGGAAAAGAUUAUCGGUUAGAGGAUGGACAUCUGGAUUUGGAUUAUUAGCAUCCACUGAAUGGACUCAUUGAACAUUGAACAGACUUCCAUUUGUAAAGUUAGUGCUUUUAAAAACUACUUGUUUAUUUUCAAAAAACACUAAAAAGUCAUCGCGAGAGUAAACGUUUGAGAUUUGGUUGACAGACAGGUUGCUAGCCUGUUUUAUCCCUGCUUAGUAUAAUGGUCUAAGUAGAAGAUGAAAAGAAGAAAAGUAGUUUAACCCAUGGGUAAAAACUGCAUCAUUGAUGGCAGCUCUAUGUGUGUGUUCAGUAUUUUAAUGGGAUACUUUCCUGUUGAACUGUUGUGAAUGUGUGGGAAUAUGAAGCUGGGGAGGUUUUAUUAAAUAUUAUUUUUACUGUUUUUGUAUCUGCUCAUGUUCUCUAUCAAUGAAAAACAGCUUAGGAUAUUGGACUGAACACUAAUUAUGUUGCUUUUCAUGUUUCGUUUAGACUUUAAGGAGCCAAGAUGUGGAAAUAUCCCAAUUACAAGACAGUUUAAAAUUUAGUCUGACUCCUCUUGUGAGCUGACAUAAACAAAUUGUUGUCUUUAUAUGUACGCCAAGAGCUCAAAAACUGGGAUUUCAAAUGUGAAUGUGUUUUCUGGGAAGGUUGUUUCAUGUCGUCUCUGAGGAUGCGGUUCAGUUCUGUGUCAUCUUAAUGAAUGAUUGUCAAUUCUGCUGUGCCUGUGUGUUCUUUUGUCUGUUUGUAUUUGCACUCUGAAUUUUUUGGGGAAAAAAAAACUCACUUGCAUAUCUGAUGUUUUCUGCCCGCUUGUACACUACACUGCACACAACCCUCGUUGAUGACACACUGAUCACAAAAGUCUGUAUAGUAGCUGUUUAUUUUAUUUUAUUUUUUUUUUUUUGCACACACAAUCAUGCAUACUUGCAACAUAGAUUUACACACACCGCAGACACACUUA